AUGUCUCAAUACAGAGACCCGUAUCCUGAGCAGCAGCAAGGGGGUUAUGACCAGCAGUAUGGUGAUGCAUCAUAUAACCAAUAUGACACCAGGCAACCACACCAGGCGUAUGACCAAGGAGACUUUGAUCCCCAUACAAUGGGCGAGUACAGAGACGAUCCCAAUGCGAACCCACAAAUUAUUACCACAUCAUAUGCUCCGGAAGUAAACCCUCAUGAGCAAUCGAACUUUGCGAAAGAAACUGGACGCCAAUCUCAGGAUUUCAAGACCUGGAGACGUGAGAACACUGGUGGUCUAUGGACAAGGGGCAGCCGAAUUAGCUGCUUAGGGAGAUUCUGCUGUUGCACGAUAAUGAUUGCUGUCCUCCUCAUUGUCAGCAUAUUGCUUGCACUGCUUAUGUGGGUCCGUCCUCCGGAUGCUAUUGUUGGUAAUGUAGGGCCGUCUACCACUCAAAAUGCGGUUCAACUAGGCUCGGGAAGCAUCACAGUUAACCUGGGCAUUAAUUUAACUGUUGUCAACCCAAAUUACUUCUCCGUGUCUUUCAAGUCCAUAAAUGCAAAUGCAUAUUACCCUAUCAACAAUACUCUUGUCGGAACUGGCAAUGAGACUGACAUCACCUUCAAUUCCAACUCGCAGACCAACUUCACAUUCCCAUUCUCGCUGGAAUUCAGUACCAACAUGUCUUCGAGCACACAAAUCUUGACUGAUCUCGCUACAAAAUGCGGUGUAGGUGGUGGAGCAGUGCAAGAUAUUACAAUCGAUCUUGAUAUCACGCUUGGAUUACGCGUCUUAUUUUUCGUGGUUUACCCGGUGCUGAACAUUCCCGCCAGUUUCGCGUGUCCGAUAACUGCUUCAGACAUUUCGAGUUUGAUUCCAUCCGUUACUUCAUUACUGCCUUGA